AUGGGAACCGAGGGGACCUACCUCUCCUGCCAGCCCCCACUGUCACCGCCGUACCGCCCAGGCAGGGCUGGCUGGCUGUGCCCCAAGGCUCACUCUACCGUCCUCCACAGGGGUCUCAGGGGACAGGCUGAGCAGGAGAACAGGAGCCCUGUGGGUCCUCGGGCAGUGCCCUCAAGGACCCUGCAGAGGCGGCCUUGGUUAAAGCCAGGGAGGAAUCUCCCCGCUGAAGGUGCUCACAGCAUCUCCUUGUCCUUCCCCCAGGUGCCCUCGUUCAUGCCUUCCUGCGCAAACUCCUGUCUGCUGGCCCUGACCUUUGUCAUCAUGUGUCGAGGCCGUAAGAGAAAGCGCCGUGCCCGCAGGAAACGCCACCGGGCCCGGCGGGAGACUCAGAGUCUCAAGGGUGCCCAGGCCACUGAGGCGGCGGCGGCGGCGGCGGCGGCGGCAGCAGCAGCAGUGGCGCCAGCAGCGGCGCCGGCAGAAGAGAUACAAGAGUCGCCCACCUCCCCAACUUCUGUUUCUUGGGGUACUCCCCCGAUCUCCCCUGCUGCUGGCACUCGCCAGGAGCCUCAGGGAACCCCGGCCACUAGCUCUCGUGAUGCAGGGGUUUCAUGCCCAGGAUCUGAAGAGGGUGCCCAGAGCCAAGAUGAGAAAAGUGAAAGUCCCUCCCAGGCAGCACCUUGCACUCACAGCAUAUGCAGAGAUCCUCUGAACAGGAAGGCCGGAACGUUGGUGCUGUUCCUGCUGGAGAAGUACAAGGCGAACGAGCCCAUCCCGCAGGCAGCACUGCUGAAGGCUGUCAAAAGCAAGUACGAGAAGCACUUCCCUGAGAUCCUCAGCAGAGCCUCUGAGAUCAUGCAGGUGGUCUUUGGCCUCGAGCUGAAGGAAGUCGACCCCAGCAGUCACUCCUAUGCCUUCAUCAGCAAGCUGGCCCUCCCCAGCGAGGGAAGUCCAAGUGAUGAGUCGGGGCUGCCCACGUCUGGUCUCCUGAUGAUUCUCCUGGGCGAGAUCUUCAUGAAGGGCAACCGUGCCACCGAGGAGGAGAUCUGGGAAUUCCUCAAUGAGUUGGGUUUGUAUGCUGGGAUAAGGCACUCCAUCUUUGGGGAGCCUACGAGGCUCAUCAGCAAAGAUUUCGUGCAGCAGAAGUACCUGACGUACCGCCAGGUGCCCAACAGGGAUCCUCCAUGCUAUGAGUUCCUGUGGGGCCCGAGAGCCCACGCUGAAACCAGCAAGAUGAAAGUGCUGGAGUUUGUGGCCAAGAUCAGUGAUACAGUCCCCAGUGCCUUCCCAGAUCUCUAUGAGGAGGCUCUGAAAGAUGAGGAAGAGAGAGCAGGAGUGAGAGCCGCGGCCAGGGCUGCAGCUGUUGCAGAGGGCAGACCCCUUCCAGGGCCAAGGCCCGCAGCUCCUCCCACAUGUAGCGGGGGAGGCCGCGGGCAGUUUGCUCACUUUGUUUUGGAAGAGAGCAGUCAGGCUCCUAAAUAG